AGGCCAAGAGAUUCACUCAUCUUCAUCUUUCUGUUAUAAAACAAAUGUAAUGAAACUGAAGGAUGAAUUGAAAAUAUGAUUUAAUUCCAGUUUAGGCGUUGCUGCCGGUAUUAGAAGAAAAACAGGCACCUUUGAAAAUAAAAAUGUUUUUAUACCAUUUAAUACUGUUUUUUCUGUGUUAUCUGAAUUAAAUUACACGUGUAUCAUCAGCCACAAAGGAGUGUCGCAGGUCCCUCCUCCCAGCAGCUGUUGGACUUCCGUCACAGCUCCCAACAAACUCAAUAAAGUAUUUACAUCCUGCUGGUAUUUGCAGUUUUUCCAUUUUUGCUAAAUAGUCUGUUGUUGUUGGUUUUUAAGCACAAAUAUACAGCAUUUUGUGCACCAAUAAUCCUACUCAGCUGCACAUUUCUGUGAGUCCUGCUUUUUUAAUGUUGGAAAUCUGCCUCUACAGUCUCUUAAUUGUUGUUUUUUUAAAUUUCAUAUUCUUUACUUUUGUGUGAAUCUGCAUGCUCCGCCUGUCCCGGUGAGGGACAAUAAAGGAUAUCUCUAUUCUAUUCCAUUAAAGACACAUUUACGUUCAUAUUCCACACUGAAGUAAGCCAAACUCUAUUUUAAAAUCAUGUAAUUUAAGGAUUUUUCGUAAUGUUUAUUAUCCAAUGCGCGACGCCUUCAGUAGAUUCAGCAGAAAAUCAAUAAAUGUACUUUUAUUCACUUUCCGCUUCCCUUUCCCGACCAGUGCCUGCGGGAUAAGCCAAUUACGUCACUUCCUCUAUCCACAUUAGCGGUUUGGUUGCUAAGCUAACUGGCCACUGAGAGCGGGAACUCCUAAAAAAAUGGCUGAUUUAAGCACUUUCAGGAAUGAAGUGGCGCUCGUCGUCAACAGCCUGGCCAGGGCGGUGGUGACGGAGAUUUUCAGCGCUGUGGAGGGAGCUUCUUUAAACAGACAAAGCCUCGAAGCCGAGGAGAAACUCGGCGCUCUCGUCGAGCAUCUCUGUUUUGAAGCUGUGGAGAAAAUCCUGAAGCUGGUCAAUCUGAGCGUUAUGAAGAGCGGCGAGAACGUGGGCCAGAUGCAUGAUGGGAGUGAGGAUGUUUCAGAGACAGCCGGAGGCGAAGGCGGCGGUGGCGCUCCCUUCCCCCCCUCAAAGCAGACCUACAUCUUGGUUUAUGAGAACGCCGCCGCAGACUCACAGUGUGUGCUGGUGUCACUGGAGAGUCACGCUAACGGUGGAAAUGAAAGCACGUGUGAUGUAACAGGUCAGGGGACAGAGCUCUCCCCCUCCUCGUCUGCGCCUCAGGCCGAUGACCACGAGUACGCUCGCUCGACGUCGCCUCCAUCCAGCAGUGCCUCAGCGGCAGUGGGUGGGGUCAGGAAGAGGCCUCGCGGCCGGAGGAAGAGAGCUCGAAUCGUGGUGUCUGGUGAGGCAACAGAGACUCACCUACAGUGCUCGCACUGCGCCAUGUUGUUUCCAAACAGCGAGCGGCUCGCCGACCACGAGAAGAAGGCUCACCCGGCGUGCUCGGUGUGUGGCCUGCGGUUCACUGGUGUCCUGAAACUGCGUGAACACGAGCUGAAAAAUCACGGGCUGCUGCCGUACAUCUGCGACUUCUGCCCGAAGAGGUUUAACCACAAGGCGCAUCGCGACCUGCACGUGAAGGCGCGGCACACCGGCGAGAAGAGCUGCCACUGCGACAUCUGCGGAAAGGGCUACGCCUGCGUGAGCGUGCUGAAGACGCACCGCAUCACGCACUUCGACAAGUCGUUCAUCUGUGACGUCUGCGGGAAGGGCUUCUACCACGCCUGCCACCUGACACGCCACAAGCUGGUGCACCAGGAAGUGCGGCCGUUCCGCUGCCCCACCUGCGGGAAGGGCUUCACGCAGGCCGCCAACCUGCGCAGCCACCAGGCGACGCACACUGGCGAGCGGCAGCUCUGCUCUAUCUGCGGCAAGAGCUUCCGCUGCCUGAAAAACCACGUCAUCAGCAAACAUUCGCACGAGCUGCCCGCCGACGAGCUGCCCGCUGUCGACGCAAUCGUUAGCUGCGAGGUCUGCGGCAAGAAGUUCCCGAACCCAUCGCAGUACCGCGCACACCAGCGGAGCCACACCGGGGAGAAACCUUUCCACUGCGACAUCUGUGGGAAAAGCUACCGUCUGAAGGAGCUGCUGCGCGACCACCGCUACACACACACUGGGGAGAAACCGUACCGCUGCUCGCUGUGCCCCAAGACCUUCAACCUCGCCACAAGCUUCAUGAGGCACCGCAGCAUCCACAGCGGCGAGAUGCCGUACAGCUGCCGCGACUGCGGUAAACACUUCCGCCUGUUCACCUUUCUCAAGGCUCACCUGCAGACCAAAGCUCACGUGAAGCAGACAGGAGCGCAGGGAAACGCCCCCCCGCCAAUCAGCAGCAUCGAACAGGAGGUGGUCCCGGACGGAUCCAUGAUUGCUGCCCAGCUGGUGUCGAAUCUUUAAAGCAAAACGAUGAAACCGUAAACACAAACGGCAAGUGGGAGAACUCGCCGUUUGUGUUUACAGUGUUUAAGAACUGCAAGAACUCAGCGGCCACAGUCGCACUCUGCACCGGAGCUGUGAGGCGUGGCGCCGCGUGGUCGUUAAACUCGUAUCUGUUUGGUAAUAACUUAGUUAUUACUGAUGUGUCAUGUGGCGUCUGUUUAUUUUGAAAACAAACUCAGAUCAGAAAUGAUCGCCAUGCCAAAUUUCAAUAUAAAUGAAGAAUGACGUUUGCAUUAUUUGGGGCGUGGCCUCUUUGACAGGUGAAUGACUGUUCUUUAUAUACAGUCUGAUUCCAGCCCACAUGCACACAGAGUUCCUCUGCACUUUCAGAAUAGAGCGCCUGCAGUUUUCCUGUCUGACCAGUUGUCCUGCUUUGUGACCUUUGACCUCUGUUGUGUCGGCCGUGCCCCUCUGUGAUAGCUGCUCAUGUAAUCCAGCUGUUUUCCAGCUGAACAGAGGUGAGAUUAAAGGAUCCAAUCAGCAGAUAAUCCUGACCCUUUGUGUUUGAACAGUUUAAUCACCGUGGCGACCGCUGAUUGCUACUGUUGUCUCUGUUUACCUGUUAAAGACCGCCAUGUUUUCCAUGUCAGCGUGUCAGAGCUGCAGCUGUUAAUCCCAGUUUCGAUGCGGGCUAAUAAUGGUGACAGCUUAUUGGCUGACAGGCAUGCGAGGAGCCGCAGAUUUAACGUGGACGUCGGCGAGCUGGUCAGGCACUCAGACGCUCACAGGGUUAAAGCUGAAGUGUCGCUGACAGCGGGAAUCAGCUGUUUACGUCAGAUUAAUCGUGUCUUUUGUCAUGUUUUACUGUUGUUAUCCACACAGGAAACACUCGGCGGUAACUUCCUGUCUCUAAUCUUUGAAAGCCUCGUGUUUCAGCUCGUCUCUUUAUAAACAUAAAGACAUAAAGAAAAUUCUGAGAAUAAAAAAAGUGGAAAUGUGCAGAUUACAGUAGAUGUUUGCGCAGCUGACCAGCCAUCCUGUGAUACAGCAUCCGUGCUCCUUAUUGGUCGAGGCUGUAACCAUGGAUAUCUGUCCACUGCAGACAUUUCAUUUUGUACAAAUCCAGCAGCUUCUCUUCAGCGUCCUUGUGCUCAUCGCCGGCUGAAAGACAAAUCACCUCCUUCCUUUAGCUAAAACUGAGUCUGAAGUAUGACCUCACGCACUCGAUGACAAACGGCCUUCCUGUUUGACCCGUUUGGUCUUGUGUGCGAUCUUCAGACCUCGCUCUGACAUUUUAAUAAAACACGCAGAAAGGAAGUUGUGUUUUGCACGCUCUGCUUGUUUCUGUGCCGCAGGUUUUUCCACAUCUGUGGACACUCGGCUCACAGAGCCUCCUUUAGAAAUGCAAAACACCCAAACUGCUCGCAUAGGCGUGACUUUACAGGCGUGCCACCACUUUUAAAUAUCUGCAGGUUUUAAUGUGAGCAGGCGGCUUCAUGAGGACGCUCAGCCGGGGACACCUUAGUCCAAAUUUAAAUGGUUUCUGUAUGUUCACAAAGGAAGUGAUGUAACCGUUAACAAUAAGAAGACAAGACAGGAAAUUGUUUGUAGUUUAAUAAAUAAAUGUGACAAUAAAAAGUGAACACGAGCAGAUUAAAGUUGACAAAGGAGCUUGCAAAGAAAAGCGUCUGGACUUCUUUAAGUUACUUGAAGACGUUUCACCUCUGA